GGCCAACGCCAUUCGCGAGUAGGCCAUCUGACUCGCGUAGUACGCACACCGCGACUUGGCGCGUCCGGAAGUCCUAUAUACAUUCACCGGCAUAAAAUGGCUUGGCUUCUCCCCCCUCUUCUCUUCAUGUCGGCGUUGCCCGGCCCGCGGGCAAUCGAACUGCUCCGCCGUCCGUUCAGUCGUCGUUGAUCGUCGAGCUCUGUUCAUUACUUUAAUAGUGUCACAUUCACCACUAAUUCAAAAUGGCAGACAAUGACGAUCUUUUGGACUACGAAGAUGAGGAGCAGACCGAACAGAUUGUGGAAGGAAAUGGAGAAGUUGCCCCUGCCAAGAAGGAAGUCAAGGGAACAUACGUAUCUAUACACAGCAGUGGCUUCAGGGACUUCUUGCUAAAACCAGAAAUUCUUCGAGCAAUUGUCGAUUGUGGUUUUGAACAUCCUUCAGAAGUUCAACACGAAUGCAUUCCACAAGCUGUGCUUGGUAUGGACAUCCUUUGCCAGGCUAAGUCUGGUAUGGGAAAAACCGCUGUGUUUGUCCUAGCCACCCUGCAACAGUUGGAAUCCACAGAAAACCAUGUCUAUGUAUUGGUUAUGUGCCAUACUAGAGAAUUGGCUUUCCAAAUUAGCAAGGAGUAUGAAAGGUUCAGCAAAUACAUGCAAAACGUCAAGGUAUCAGUAUUCUUUGGUGGUUUACCAAUCCAAAAAGACGAAGAGGUCUUGAAAAACACAUGUCCCCAUAUUGUUGUGGGAACACCAGGACGUAUCUUAGCUCUUAUCAAAAGCAAAAAGUUGAACCUUAAACACCUGAAGCAUUUCGUCUUGGAUGAAUGUGACAAAAUGCUUGAACAGUUAGACAUGCGCAAAGAUGUACAAGAAAUUUUCCGAAGCACUCCUCAUGGCAAGCAAGUUAUGAUGUUCAGCGCCACAUUAUCCAAGGAGAUUCGUCCAGUCUGCAAGAAAUUCAUGCAAGAUCCUAUGGAGGUCUAUGUGGAUGAUGAAGCCAAACUUACACUUCACGGAUUACAACAGCAUUAUAUCAAACUGAAAGAAAAUGAGAAAAAUAAGAAACUUUUUGAACUUUUAGACGUUCUUGAAUUCAAUCAAGUCGUUAUCUUCGUAAAAUCAGUCCAGAGAUGCAUGGCGUUGGCUCAACUUCUCACCGAACAGAACUUCCCGGCAAUCGGCAUCCACAGAGGAAUGACACAAGAAGAACGUUUGACAAAAUAUCAAUCUUUCAAAGACUUCCAGAAGAGAAUUCUGGUAGCUACGAAUCUCUUUGGGCGUGGUAUGGAUAUUGAACGUGUGAACAUUGUAUUCAAUUACGAUAUGCCCGAAAAUUCCGACACAUACCUCCAUCGAGUAGCACGAGCUGGAAGAUUUGGUACAAAAGGUUUAGCUAUCACGUUCAUCAGCGAUGAGAGCGAUGCCAAAAUCUUAAAUGACGUGCAGGAAAGAUUUGACGUGAACAUUACUGAAUUACCUGAUGAAAUAGACUUAGCUUCCUACAUUGAAGGACGAUAACCACAAAUUCCAUGAAUUGUCACAAUUUUAUCAUUAAUCAUCGACAAAACACCCACACUGAACCUGACAAUUUAAUGCAAUCGUUGCAUAAUUAAUCAAUUAUUUAUUGCGAAUUUUUGUAAUUUUUACAAAAGUAAUUUUUUUCCAAAGUAAAUUUGCUCUUAAAGGCUUUUGUAAUUGUAGUCGUGAUUUUUAAGCAAUUGCUCAUUCUUCAUUUUUUUAAGAUUGUUUUAAUAUCUAGUAAGACUUGUAAAUAAUGAACAUUUUGAUUUACAAUAAAAAGGUGUACUUACUUUUUUGAAAACGCA